GGGCACUGUGCUUCCGGCCGCGGCGCCCAGCUCAGCCUACUCCGGCCUCGCCGCGGCCGGGGGCGGGGUCGCCGUCGGCUCCGCCCCCUUCCUCCUGCCUUCCAGCAGAAGGGCAAGAGCGAGCCCUGGUGGGCCGAGCGGAGGGUGCACCGCGCCGCCGACCCGUCCCGGGUAGGGUCGACCCGCGUUCUCCGCCCGCCAGCGGCCCUUCCCGCCAAAAACCCCUCCGGCAGUAGACGGCUGCGCUAAAUUUGGAGCCCCAGGAGCGCCGUGGCUGAGCAACGCGUUGCUCACAGCCUCUUUUCUUUGUGUUCUUUUUAGCCCCCUCCUCGUUACUAUAUAAAUCUCUCCACUUUUUGACGUCUGUGAGGUUUCCUACUCACAGCAAUCGGUCACUUACAAAAAAAAAAAAAAAAAAAAAAAAAAUGUCAGCUCUGAAGAGACCCUAGAGAUGACUUAUUCCUGAAUUCGGAAUUGCCAAUAGGCUUCGAAGCCUGGAACCCCUGAAACAUGAUGCAGCAGGCUGCUAGAAUGAAGGGAGUUGCCAACGUCACACAGGUCUCCACACAGACUGCUUUGGAAUCAUGAGAGAUGAAAUUGCAACAGCAGUUUUUUUUGUCACGAGAUUGGUGAAAAAACACGAGAAACUGAGUGCACAACAGAUAGAAGCCUUUGCACUAAAGCUGAUGACCAUCUUGUUUGAAAAGUAUCGAGGUCAUUGGCACCCUGACUGCCCUUCCAAGGGCCAGGCUUUUAGGUGUAUCAGGAUAAACAACAACGAGAAUAAAGACCCUAUUUUAGAAAGGGCUUGUUCUGAGAGUAAUGUGAAUUUUUUUCACCUGGGACUUCCAAAGGAGUUGACCAUAUGGGUCGAUCCCUUUGAGGUGUGCUGUAGGUAUGGUGAAAAAAAGCAUCCCUUUACAAUUGCUUCUUUUAGAGGCAGAUGGGAGAACUGGGAACUAGCUCAGCACAUCAGCUAUGCAGUUAACAGGGCCACUGCAGAUUGCUCUUCUGGAACGUCCUCUGAUGAAGAAAGCUGUGGCAGGGAGCCCCGAGUCAUUCCUAAAGUCAGCAAUCCCAAGAGCAUCUACCAGGUUGAAAACUUCAAACAGUCCUUCCAACCGUGGCUCUGCCUCCCCCGUAGAAAGCAUUUGGCAGAUGGUCGUGGGGGCCUCCUGGGGACUGCUUACCACCCAGUGCCCAGGAACCCUAAGUGGUGCAGGCCUGCUGGGCGCCGGGUGGACAGGUACCACUGGAUCAACACCCAGCUGUACAGUGGUCAGGCAGCACCAAGCAAGCUCGAAGGAGAGGCCUUGUCUUCCCUAGAGCACAAAUGAGGCUAAAGCCAGGAAAAGCUCCACUCGCAAGAACUCUCAGGGGUGAGAGUGCCACAACAAGGUGAAACCUUGCACACAGGUCACCACUCGGCUUUUAGCUAUCCUUUUAAUUCUUAUUUAACUUUAUAUACAAUUUUAUGUAACACUAGUGACUGUAUGUGUCUAGUAAAGUGAUUGAAUGAGAUAUUACCUGUGAUAAAAUAAAAUUAAUUAUGGGAAGGAAGA